AUGUUCAACGCGGAAUUGGUACGCAUAGCUCUCGGUGCUAACGGUCUGGCUAUGAUGCUUCACGGGCACGUAGAACAGGACGGUCUGGAGUCGACUGUUGGCGGACUCUGUGCCAAUCUGUUCUCGGCGACCAACUAUCAUGGCGGCGUGAGUUGAGGGUCGGAUGGAAACGAUGCAAAGUGGAUGUUGUAUUUCAGAUUAACAAAGCGUCUGCUGCAUACAUUGAGAAAGGUCGAACCAGCUUUGCCUAUUUCGAAAAGCCUGUCAACGACGGAAACGGCAGUGUCAAGAGGGACGAAUUAACGGUCGACGAUGAGACGCUCGCCGCUGAUAAAAAAGUGAAGGAGGCGAAGGAGACCGACAAAUCUUCGAGUUCGGCAGCCUCGAAAGGCACGAUUUCAUCGAAGAAGCCUACCGUUUCAAGGACGCCGAAGAUUCGAAAUACGGCGUCCGCCACAGCCCCGUUGCUCCGCGACACAUCCAAAAGCUCUGGAAAUUCGUCGACGGCGGCCCCGAAGAAAUCGAAGAAGCGGCCCAGCAGUGAGGCGUCGGAUGACUCGAGAAAAGGUGUUCCGCAAAGGAAGAUGCGCACUCCGGGGACGUCCAGAAAACCGAGCACGGCAUCGAUCGACGACUCGCGAAAAGGACUCAUGAGCAAACACUCGAAGGACUCGAAAAGCAAGCCCGGCAAGAAGUCGGGAAAGCGAAAGUAG